AAUGAUUCCUACAAUUAUUCAUUUAGUGCAAUUGAUUGUGCACACAUACUUUAUGUAUAUCAAUUUUGAUUCAAAAUCAAUUGAAGAAUUUUGGAACUAAAUCAAGUAUUUGACAAAUAUUAGCAAUUUGUGCAUGUACUCCUUCCUCCUUCCACAAAUUGUUGAAGACAUCAAAUUCAUUCGUAGAAGAGGAUGGCUCAUCAAUAUCCCAAGACAUCAUACUUUCACUCACUAUGCAUACUAGUGCAUGAAUCCAAUUAUAUUCAUAGUCAUGACUAUGUUUUGGACUAUGUUUCUGAUUGAUCCAAAGUUGAUCUUUGCUGAUAGAGAUAUUAGUUAAAUUGAUAUGGUCCUCAUGUUUUAUGUUCAUGGAGGAAACUGGAUCUUAAUGUAAGAAAUUUAACUAUUUUUAGGUAACUCAACCAAUUCGAAAAAUAACCUCAUUUAAAGAUGAGAGUCAAAGGACUAAUCUACUUUGUCUAUGUUAUACUUUAUUUUGGAAUUUAUGGUAUAUAUAUAUAAUAUAUUUAAAAUAGGCCUUCAUUAUUUGAUUUAUGAAUAACAUGUCUAUGGCUUCCAAGCAUUACUCUCUAAGUUCGAACUUGUCUCCAUGUAUGCCAUUUUAUUUGCCACACUAUUUGGCUUGGAUGUUCUUUACAAUAAGGUGUUAUUCAAGCCACGCCAUAAUUUUGUGUAAAUCAAAAAUCAUUGACGUU